AUGUAUAAUUCUAAUUCAUUAAUUUUUCUAGAGAAAACCUCGGUACGUGGGACAAACGCUUCGAAGCCAAAUGAAGGUAAUGAUCUCAAAUAUCAAGAAAAGAUCCAUAAAGAACUAAAGAAGAUUUUCAAAGAUUCGCAAAAACUACCCAGUGUAAAGGAGCUCUCGCAAUUAAAGUAUCUCGAAAGAGUUAUAAAAGAAUUGCGCAGAUUAUAUCCUUGCAUAUCCUCAAUUGAAGAAAAAUGUCGGAAGAAAAUGGACAAUUAUAUAAUUUUGGAAGGUACUUCAGUCACAACACGAAUCCUGUUGACACCGAGAUCCAGAAGUCUAAUCGGAUUCACUAAAGUUUGAUCCAGAUCGUUUUCUACCUGAGAAUCUAGAGCAGAUAUAUCUAUAUGCUUACAUAUCGUUCGGUGCUGGACCAAGAAACUAUAUAGGACAGAAAUUCAUUAUAAUCAAAGAAAAAACCAUAUUAGAAACCAUACUUAGAAGUGGAGAAUGAAAAGUAUGAAAACGCAUGAGGAAACGACCAUGCACAAGUCUAACGUUUUGUGACCAAGUUAGAAAUCUAUAUAUCUUCAUCUAUUAAAUCCGGAAAAGUAAAGAGCUAUG